AUGACAUCAACGGUCGAGGAACGACCCUCUGACAGUUUCGAACGAAAUCAACAGCAACACCUUGCUACGCAGCCAUCCGUUACAUUAAAAAAUACGACUGUCAUGCAAGAUAUUUGUUCCGGUAGUGGUAGUGGUGCAGUGUACACACAGCAACAGAUUACGACGGUAUCAGAUACUAACUGCAUGUACAAUCGACGACAACACCUUUCUACAAUCGAACGACCGAGUAGUAUGAACACAUACCACCAAGACUUAACAACAGAACUAAUACCAUCGACCACCGUUGCUGACAAUAAUAAUGAUCAUUCCGAUGAACAACACUAUUAUACAACAACGGGCCCGCAUCACCAGCAACAUUUUAUACAUAAUGAUUAUACGCCAUCUGGUCUUCCUCAACAACAGCAGAUGACUGCACGGAAUGUAACAACACUGGCUGAAAAAUUGCCUGGAUUACAAGGACAGAGUUGUCAGUUUAUCAGUGCUACUGGGAUUAAUCACAAUGAUGGAACAGGACCUUAUGUGGUAGUGAAUCAACAGUCUAUCGGUACUUGUGAUUAUCUAAACAAUAGUUUAAGCAGUAACGGAAGUGGUAUCGAUAAUAUGGAACCAUGCUCGAAGAUUACAGGUUCAUUGGUAACAAGUGCAAAACAGCAUGAGCCACAGCGUGUAACCUGUGUAUUUAACAGUGAUACUACCAGUGGAAUGAAUAGAGAUAUUAAUGAUGAUGGGGCAAAGCUGCAACGGUUUUACACCACCUCACGGAAUGUCACCUUACAAGGUACAUUAGGAGCGAAUGGUCCGAUAAUAACGGGUCAGCGAACUUAUUUGCUUGGUAGUACCAGUAACAGUAGAAGCAGUAACAAUGGCAGCGGAAGGCAAAUGGAUGCAAUGAAUAUAUCAAAAAAUUAUGUUAUCUCCUCAGGAAAUAGCUGUCAAGAACAGCAGCAUUAUGUUCCUAUACGAUCAUCAUUCAGAUCGUCAGGUACAACUGAACGAAAGUCAAAUCGUUCAUCGUCCAAAAAGGAACCAAUGGAUCCAAAGAAUGUUGAAGAAGAAGUGGCUAGAAAUGUUUCACAGAUUCUGAGUGCAUCACUGAAUCAGAAGUCAUCAUCAUCAGGUUUUGCAUCAACAACAAGUGGAUCUGGUGCAAAUGUACAGUCGUCCACCAGCAGCACUACUGCUACGUCAGCUCCUUCAACAACAACUAAGAAAUCAUUUACUUGUGCUGAUUGUCACAAAACUGUAAGCACUUCUCGCAAUUUACAACGUCAUCGGAUGUCGUGCAAAUUGGCACAGGCAUCGUCAAACACAGAGAAAUCGAUGGCAACCGGUGCUGGACAACUUCAGGCAACCGUUAUCACCAUGCCUUUAAAUUCCACACAGAUUAAUGGAUUAUCUGACGCAUAUUCGGCUGAUCAAAAGAGUACAAACAAUGCAACAACGAGUUCGAUCUCGUCAUCAGGAAUAAUACCAGCGUCGAAUAUUAUUCCUACAUCCUACAGUAAUAAUUUAACUACAUCAGUUGGUGAUACGAUUGAUGUGUCAUCAGUCAGCAAUCAGCGAACCACGCAAAUAUAUAACACUCAGUCUGAAAUAAUUGCUUCCGAUGAAAGGUUGAGACCAGUGUGUGAAGAUUCAUAUCUGGACAAGGCAGUAGCAGAGAUGACAAGAAAUGGUGAUUUGAAUACAAUGACUGCUGGAAGACUGGCUUCAAGCUUGUUGGAUGAAGACGACCAUACGUUUUCAACGAUAUCCUUGCCAGCAGCUACAACCACAAUAGAUGGUUCUCAUCCGUUUCAAUCGUCUGUCCAAACAUCUUCGAACAGUGAAUCAAUUAAUCUCCCUAUUUAUACGCAACAGUCAGCGCAAAUCAAAAGACCAGGUACUUCUAUGCAGUUAUACCGAUGCGAGUCAUGCAACAAAACGGUCAGUUCGAGCAGAAGUUUGAAGAGACAUCGUAGUACUUGCAAACAGUUCCAACUUGAAUAUGGGCAGUUGAGACAAAAGUCAGCUGAUAAUAUGAGUCCUACAGCAGACUCUAAAAGUGAACCACUUCUAUUGAAUUCAUCGGUGAAUGCAUUACCAUCUGCACAAGAGCAGCUAUCGCUGCAGCGACAGUCCCUUGCUUGUACUGUUACCGAAUUACCGGUCGUUAGUAAUGUUGUUUCGCCCGCUUCCUGUAGUGUGCCGACUCAAUCAGAAGUUCAGGUCACCGGUAUGGAAAGUGGUGUAGUACAGAAUCGAGCAAGUAGUAAUGGUACAAUAACAGCUGGCACAUCUGUCAGUGCAAAUGUUUGUGAGGACUGUAAUCGAAUUUUAUGUAGUGCAUCGAAUCUGAAACGACAUCGUGCGACUUGUAAAGCGGCAUCUGUUUUUAAAUCCGGAAACUUCAAAAACGAUAUUGUUCAAGAACGACAUCCAGCCUCUAUUCUUGCGACUUCACUGGCCACUGUAGUGGAACAACCGCCCAAGAAGGAACAGCAAUAUGAGAACUUUCAAGUUGAUGACCAUGAAAAUUCAAUGCUUGAUCGUUCAUGUGCUACAUCGCUUGCUGCAACGAAAGAGGCAAUACCACAAAGUGUUCUUAUAACUGCAGCUACCAUCGACACUGCCACUUAUUCCAACGCAAAUGCAUCACAUCAGCGGUCAAGCAGUGAUGCAUCGGUUACUUAUAUCACAUAUGAUGUUGCUAAUGUAACGUCACUGCAGCAACAACAUAUAACAGGAUUGCAGCCAGUUUCGCAGCUGGAAUCGCUGAAACUCGGAACCGCUAAAGCUAAGCCAUGGAUAACUGUUGGCGAGCAUUUGCGAGCACGACAUAAUCAGCGUGUCAUCCAGCAGCGACAACAGCAGCAGCAACAAAAACAUCAACAACAACAAAUAACAGAAAUGCAGCGACAGUGUGAAUCAACUACAUCUUAUGUACCGGAAACAUUGGGUACCUAUGCGCAAGCAAUAACAGUGCCGAUUGCUUAUGCCGAAGACACUAUUUCAGCUCGGUUAAGGCAGCAGCUUCCGGGCUCUGUAUUGACAUGCAGUGAGAAUGAUGUCGGCAAUGGUGAUCAAUCUUCGAAUCAGCUAAACUUGAAGCAUAAUGCUACAAAACAGCUUUCUUAUUAUACAACGAGGGUACAUUAUGAUGGUGACAGUGGCAUUAUUACUUGUAAUACUUAUGAUCAACAGCAACAAAGGAGAAAUAGUUUUAAAAUGGAAGAACCGUUACUGAGUCCGAAAGAUACAUCUGCACGUGCCUCAGCACCACCAAUUCUAACAACUUCCACUACUCCAAUCAGUUAUUCUGGUACGACACAUGCACAAUUACCAAAAAAUGAGAAAUGUGAAGCUCGGCCAUUGGCAAGUAUUAUCACCACUGCACCACUCUCCACGUCAUGCUCUGCAACUGAUUCAAAUCAGUCCCAACAGCAGCAGACCGCAAAUUCUGCAGUGUUCACUACACCUGUGGUAUGUGGCACCGUACAACCGCAGCAAACACCGCCAUCAGCAUCAACAGCACCUUAUCGGAACAAUGAAAACAUGUCAUCUGCUUCAACUGAUAAUUAUCGUUAUGAGUGCCCUGAAUGUCAGAAAACUUAUUCGUGCCGAAAAAACGUAAAAAGACAUCGUAUAGCAGUCCAUAAAUUAACACCGGAAGAAGUGGCGAAGAUUGAGCCUGUACGAGUAUUGCUUACAAAUGAUAGUGAACAUAAGCAGCGACAACUCCAACAACAGCGACAACGACAACUGCGAUUAUUUCAAACUACCGAAUUAAAGAGUGUCAAAAGUUCGAAAUUGUCAAAUGAAAAAUCAGAUAUGCAGCAGCAACAGCAGCAUUCUUCCGACUUUGGAAAUUGUACAACCCAAUUAGUGCCAAAUGUUAUGCUUUCACAGCAAUUCCAUCUUCAGCUAGAACAGCGGCAACAGCAGCUUCAUCAACGUCAACUGGAAUCGCAACUUCAGCUUCAGCAGGUACAAUUUCAGGAACAGCAGCAGAUUAUAUCAGGAUCUGAUCACUGUCGAGGUUCUGCAGUAGUAACAUCAGUGAUACCUGUAAGUACCAGUUGGACAUCUUGCAUUACAUCCAUGCCACCAUCAACACCGCAGAAUAUUGGUGAAUAUCGGUUGAGCGAAGAAGAAGGUGCACAGCUGGCAGAAAUUGAAGAGGAUCUAAAACGAUCUGCAGAAUACAAAUUGACUGAAGCAGAUAGUGAAUCGGAUAACAGAAGACCGGUGGCUGAAUUAGCAGAAGCAGAUACAACUUUUCAUGAAGAAUAUGAAGAAAGCACUGGACGAUUACAUCCACCAUCGCUAUCAUCAAAUGGUGGGGUUGUUUCACCGCCGUCAAAUCCUCCUUCAAACAGUUCUGCUUCAUCAAACUAUCCUAUCACGAGUCCUGUGGCCCCUCAUGUAUCCUCAGUUAUAUCGGAGAGCGGUGGUUUUGCUGCACAAUUGCCGCCCAUUAAAGCACCACCUCCUUUGUCACCAUCUAACUCUUCGCAGCAGAUGGCGAUGAUGCAAAAUCAGGAAGUGUACCAUCAAUCGCAACUGCGCAUUUCUUUAAAUGAAAGUCAAGCGCCAAAUCCAGUAUCGAUUGGUGGUACUACUGUGUUCACAAAACCAGCAAACAUUGUUCGUUCGCAAUAUCCUCCAUCUACAAAGUCUCCCUCAAUGAGAAAUUAUUUUCACUCAUCAGUGAAGCAGAAGCAACAUAUAUGCGUUGAUUGUAAUAGGGCACUUUCCUCCGAUUAUUCGCUUAAACGACAUCGUUCAACGUGUGUUGAAGCGAAGGCUGCAGCUGCAGCAAAAGCAAUGGAUACGGCGACUUCUGGUGUAGACAUGCGCAAUGAUGAAUGCACAAAAACACUCCCAGAGCAUUAUAAUGACGCCGGCAGUUCGAGGUCAUCUAUGCUUUCGAACGAGCCAACAGCGAAAGAAUCUUCGUGUAUAAACGCGUCAUCUUACGGACCGAGCGAUUCAGAAUUGCGUGUAUCACAGCAGCUUACGCCAGUAUCUGCAAAAAAUACCGAUAUAAUAUUACCUCAGACAUAUUCUUCGUAUGACGAAGAUGCGGAUAAUGGUGUGCUGUGUCGUGUUUGUGAUUGCUGGUUACCUGGGCAGCGGGAAUUCGAUCGCCAUUGCGAUGAACUGCAUCCAGUUGCUGCUGAUCCAGAUAGUACAACCGUACCACAAACAUUUGAACAGACAUCGCUGUCAUCCGGAUCAAUAAUGUUGAGCACAGCGAUUUCAUCGGAAGUGAAUUUGAAUCCGUCUGGUCCAUACUGUGCUGCUGCUGCAAACCGAAAGCGAGUGUCUUCGGAUCCUCUUGAAUCCGGAAGCUAUUUUAGCGCUAAAAGUGGGCGUCAUUUAUGUCAGACAUGUGGUAAAUAUUAUUCGUCAGAAUGGAAUUUAGAAAGACAUCGACGAGAAAGUUGUCCACUGCACAUGAAACGAAUAAAAAGUGUUGCUGAUGAGAAGACAAGAUUGGCGAAAUUGGAGCCAGUGGACUUGUUGCAGUUUCAGACAACUGUAAGUACCAGAUGGGUGGAUGACUGCGCUUUGAUUGUCGGUGAAUCUCGAAUUGGUGUUCCAAGAGCGAUGCUUUCGAGAGCUUCAACAUAUUUCUCAUCUUUGUUUCAAUAUUAUGAAAAUCACAGCGAUGUUCCACUGCCAGUUCCUGUUGAUCCCAUCGCAUUUCAUCAAGCUAUAGAAGCAUUUAAGGGUCGAUUACAACUUGACGGCAAAAAUAUUGACUGCAUAUUAUUCAUGGCAGAUAAAUUCAAAAUUAAACCUCUUUAUGAUCGAUGUGAACGUUUUAUCGCCGAAAAAUUGCCUUCAUCAUCAGUGAUGCAUGCGAUCCGGCUAGCAGAACAGUAUCGAAUGUGUGAAAUAAAACAGGCGCUGUUCGAUUCGAUUUCUAUAGAUGUAUUUCGUAGUCUUGCAGCGGAUGAAGAUUACAGGCAGAUGGGUGCAGAACUGAAAGCUGAACUUUUGGAAAAGUGGGGCACUUUCUUAUAA